AUGGCUACCGUACAAGAUGGAGAUAUUGAUAGUUUAGUGUCUAGAAUAUGUCCAGAUACUGAUUUUUUUAAACGCAGUAAGUUUACGGAUAAACUCGUGGAACAUCUAACUCAUGUGUCAGUACCAGCUGGCUGGGAAACUUGUGGAUAUAGGCUGUCUGAAGAACACCCCACAUACAAAUACCACAGAAGGCUGCUGGAAAACUUCAUUGAUAAGCAGAAAUUAGAAGAUGAAAGGCAGAAAUCAGCAGGCUCAACAGUAACAAAAACAACACCAGAAGUGUUUUUUGAACAAUUCAAACAGUUUGUCAAGGAAGGAGAACAAAAUGGCAGUUUUCCUGAGUUUUGUGAGCAAAGAAAGUCAGCCCUGAUAGAUUUGUUUGAGGAAAAUUUAAAGCUGAGUGGUGUUGUGAUAUGGAAAUGUACAUCCAAUGCAGGUGAUUGUAAGGUGUCUGUGCUAAUAAAAGUACCUUACAAGGCUCAAUAUGGUCAUUCAGGAUUGAUUGAGCAUGUCAUUGAUGUUAAAAACGAAUCUCUAAGAGGAUAUGAUCUCGAAGUUGGGGACAUUGUUGAAGUAACACAAUGCCGGAGAAAGGAAGGAGUUGCAAUGGAACCAGAAGUGAUAAAGUAAGUAUAAUUCAUAUCAGUUAUAAAUUUCAAUCUUACCAUGAUAUCUUGUAACAACUUGUUAGAGAUUGAUCUCUGCAUCUAUAACAAUAUUGCAUUACUCUAAUCACAUUUCAUCCUAAAAGUAUAUGAAAUGAAUCACUGUGCAAUAAACAGAGAAAUGAGCAGCACCAUAAGGGAUAUCUUAUUUUCUGGAAAAAAUUGAUUCAUAGUGUACAGGAUACAAAAUAAACUUCAUUUCCAGAUAACUACAUUUCUUCUCUUUGAGAUGAAAAUGACUUCUGGUUUCCAUUGGAUUAUUGGAAAGAUCACUUUGAGAAGUGUCGUAAGUUUAUCCUGGGGAGAGAAGGACAGUAGACUGUAACACUAGCCAUGUUUUGGCUUCUCUUGAGAUAAAAAAUCAGUGAUUGCAUUGGGGUGUAAAUGAACAAGGAGUCUUCUAUGUUAGUAUAGCAUUAACUCACUGGCUCACUUAUUUAUCCUAUAAUUCCUUAGCAUAUGGAUUGAAAUAAGAAUUGCCGGAAACUUUCUUUUUUACUCUCCAAAUGAGAACUACAUGUGUUAUAAUCUAGUCACGUGCAGAAUCAUGUAAUCAGUAAUCGGAUAUCCCUGUUGUGCAAUGUAUGAUUUCAGUUCUCUUCUUCGACCUCAUUAAAAAGCAUGUAGAUCUACAAUAUUCGUGUCCUUGGUUUAUUACAUUGGCGACUAGGAUAAACAUGGCAACCUACGGGAACGUUGGGGAAUUUAAGGAGUCGGAGGAAUCGUGGACUCAAUACGCGGAGAGACUCGAGCAGUACUUCGCCGCAAAUAAAAUUAAAGACGCGAAGAAACAAAGAGCUAUCCUGCUAAGUGUUUGUGGAAGCAAAACGUACGGGUUAAUUCGCGAUUUGUUACAACCUCAGAAACCGGGCGAUGUGGAGUUAAAAGAGAUCUUGGAAAAGCUGGAAAACCACUUCUCGCCGAAGCCAAGUGUUAUCGUCGAGCGAUUUAAAUUCCAUAGCAGGAGUCGCCUCGAAGGGGAAAAUGUUGCAGAGUUCGUCGCAGGACUCAGAAGGUUUUCAGAGCAUUGCAAGUUUGGAACAACGCUAGAAGACAUGCUGCGGGAUCGACUCGUCUGUGGAAUCAGCGAUGAUCGCAUUCAACGAAGAUUGUUGGGCGAACGGGAGCUCACAUUCGAAAAGGCGGUGGAAAUCGCUACAGCAACCGAAAUGGCUUCUAGGAAUGUAAUGGAUUUAGGCGGGAAGACGCCCAGCAGCGACAACAAUGUCAACAAGGUCGAAGAAGAAAUUGCACCUCCAAAGUUUCAGCCAAAACGAGAGUGCUAUCGCUGCGGUGGAAACCACGAUCCCUCGAGCUGUAAAUACAAGAAUGAAGUGUGUUACAAAUGUCAAAAGAAAGGCCACAUGGCAAAAGUAUGUAAAGGAAAGAAGAAACCACAAAAGCAAGGAAGACAUGGGCGCCGGCCGGAUGGUAAACAAAGAACGCAUUUUCUCGAAGAAAGCGCCGAUCAAGAUGGUGUCUAUGCCAUGUAUCAUUUGUCCAGCGAUCGAAAGAAAUCGCUCAAAGUGGAUCUGGAACUUUGUGGACGGAAAAAACGAUGGAAAUCGACACAGGUGCGUCGAAGACGAUAUUAAAUGAAGCAACGUACGGAAGAUUGCGUGACGCAUUGGGUCCACUUCAGACAACAAAAGCGGCUCUACGCACGUACACAGGAGAAAGGAUUCCAGUACUCGGAGCAGUCAUGGUUACAGUAGAAUACGAAGGCAAGAAAAAGAAUUUGAACGCGCUAAUUGUCGCAGGAAAAAACAGACCAAACUUGCUUGGUCGAGACUGGCUCGAACAAAUCCGAUUAGAUUGGAGCACAAUCUUUCACAUGCACAUGGCAAGCGAGAUAAACCCCCCAUCGGCACUUCAAAGCGUACUUGCUAAAUACCCCGAUGUAUUCAUGGAGGGAUUGGGCACCCUAAAAGGUGUAAAAGCGAAGAUCUACGUUGAUCAAGGCGCCAAACCCAAAUAUAUCAAAGCAAGAUCAGUGCCUUACGCACUGAAAACUAAUGUCGAACUUGAACUCGAACGAUUAGAGCGUGAAGGAAUUAUAUCGCCGGUGGAAUUUUUAGAAUGGGCAGCACCCAUUGUACCUGUGGCUAAGCCAAAUGGGACUGUUAGGAUCUGUGGCGAUUAUAAACUCACAGUCAAUCAAGUAACCAAACUUGACAACUAUCCAAUACCGAAGACAGAAGAUCUUUUGGCAACGCUGGGAGGUGGUGAGAAAUUUACCAAGCUAGACAUGUCGCAGGCGUAUCAACAGAUGACCUUAGAUGAGGAGUCGCGGAAGUUUACCACCAUAAACACUCAUAAAGGCCUAUUUCAGUACAAUAGACUGCCUUUCGGAGUCUCCACAGCGCCUGGAAUUUUCCAGAGGAUUAUGGAAAACCUAUUACAAGGCAUUCCUAAUGUCAUUGUGCGAAUGGACGACAUCCUCAUCAGCGGGAAGGACGACGACCAUCACAUGGCCAAUCUAGAAGCAGUACUGAAGAAGCUCUCAGAAGCUGGACUGCGGUUGCGAAAAGAAAAGUGUUUCUUCAUGGUGCCGGAAGUCACCUAUUGUGGUUAUGUGAUCGAUGGUAGUGGUAUCAAGCCAGUAGAAGCUAAGGUGGACGCCAUACAGAAUGCCCCUGUGCCUGAGAAUGUUACACAGCUGCGUGCAUUUCUUGGAAUGCUGAAUUAUUAUCAUCGUUUCCUACCAGACAUCGCCACAGUACUUGAACCACUCCACAAGCUUCUUAGACAAGGUACAAAGUGGUGUUGGAAGACUGAGCAGCAGAUGGCCUUCAAUAAAUCCAAGAAACUACUUCAGUCUGCAAACCUCCUAGUGCACUUCCAGCCAGAUUUGGAACUGAUCUUGGCGAGUGAUGCCUCCGAUUAUGGAGUAGGGGCAGUACUCUCCCACCGGAUAGCGGAUGGAGCGGAGCGCCCAAUUGGUUACGUCUCAAGAUCGUUGAACAAAGCUGAGUGUGGUUAUUCCACUAUUGAAAAAGGGGCUUUGGCAAUUAUCUUCGGUGUGAAGAAGUUUAAUCAGUUCUUGUACAGUCAGAAGUUCACCAUACAGACUGAUCACAAGCCGCUGGAGGGGCUCUUUAACGAGAAGAAAGGACUUGCACGUGGUUAUGUGUGGUGGCCAAACAUGGAUCGUGAAUUAGAAGAUGCAGUGAAGAAGUGUCAGCAGUGCCAACUACACCAGAAGGCCCCAGCAGAAGCACCUCUCCACCCAUGGGAGUGGCCUGGUCAACCUUGGUCAAGAGUGCAUAUUGAUUAUGCAGGGCCUUACAAAGGUCACAUGUAUUUAGUGGUGAUUGAUGCUCAUUCCAAAUGGAUUUCCAGAGACCAUAGUCAGUGACAAUGGUCCCAACUUCACAAGUGCAGAAUUUGAGAAUUUCCUCUCAAAAAACGGUGUCAAACACACCAAAGUCUCGCCAUACCAUCCAGCUUCAAAUGGUCAGGCAGAGCGGGCAGUUAGAGCCUUCAAAGAAGGGGUAGAGAAAAUGGAAGAGGGAACCAUGCAAGACAAGUUGUCACGUUUUCUGCUUAAAUACAGAACAACGCCACACACGACCAAAGGGGUUCCCCCAGCAGAGCUACUGAUGAAAAGAAAGCUGAAAACUAAGCUUGAUCUUACAGUUCCCAACACUGCAAGUCUGGUGAGACAGAAGCAAGAACGUCAAAAACAGACCCACGACCACCAUGCCAAACACAGAGAUUUUGAAGCCAGUGAUCCUGUGUUCAUAAAAGACUUCAGUUCCCCCAAGUCCUGGCAGAAAGGAACUGUGGUGCAGACAACAGGCCCAGUCUCAGCCCUAGUUGAAUUACUGGAUGGUCGAGUUGUUCGACGACAUCAGGACCAUGUGCGGAAGAACUACAACCAAGACCCAACAAUAUCAAAUCCUGAGAUCUUAGUACCAGGAGUGCUCCCCGAUUGCACAACAGACACAACGCAACCGAGUGGUCCAGCUGAACCGGUCGUGAGUUCACCUGACACACAAGAGGCUAAACUAUCACGCCCAGUCCGCAACCGUCGUUUGCCGGAACGUUUCAAGGACUAUGAACUUUAGAAAAAAAAAAUUAUGUGACAUUACUCACGAACAUUGAUUGGCAAUCAACGAGAAUUGUUGCGUGACGUACAUGCGUGCGUGAAAAACAUUAAUGAUUGGUUUUAUUACGCUUCAGUUCAGCAUUGUUUACUUUUUGUGUGUGUACUUUUUUUUUGUUUAAGUUUAGCAAAAGUCUUAAGGGGGAGGAAUGUUAUAAUCUAGUCACGUGCAGAAUCAUGUAAUCAGUAAUCGGAUAUCCCUGUUGUGCAAUGUAUGAUUUCAGUUCUCUUCUUCAACCUCAUUAAAAAGCAUGUAGAUCUACAAUAUUCAUGUCCUUGGUUUAUUACAACACGGUUUUGACUUUCAAAAUCAUCAUGCUUUUUAUCAAGCACAGCUUUCAGAUACCAUGUCUUAAAAGUGAUGUAGAAAAUGGUAAAUUUUAAUUCAUUUCAAGUAGGGCCAGGAUGUGAAGAACAAGGCUACACAUCUCUAUGAAGAUCUCCAAGAAGUAAAGCCCCCUUGCAUCUCUGAGGAUCCCCCCAUGCAUUCCCACUUUUCUAACAAUCUCUUUCCUGUCUUUUUGCCAGGUGUUACCAUCGUGAUCAGACUGAGAUUGAGUCAUUUUUGAUUUUUUUGGUAGCAACUGAAGGCUCAACUACUGCUUUGACUGAACUUGUAAGGUAUGUUUUAUACCAGUUGCAUGUAACUUAAUUAACUGAAUAGUCUUGUCAUAUUAGUUGGAUGUUGUAGCUUUUAUUGCCAACUUUCCUUAGAACUUUGUUUUUUAACCAUAAGUGACUAACAAAUAACUUUUACCCAUAAUAUCCAUACACUAUCCAGCUAAUAAUGUCAUGAAAAACCUACACACAUCUGAUUGGCCGAGAACAAGUGCAUUCUAUUGUUAUACAAGUGCAAAGUUGUAACAUGAGUGCAAGUUUAUAUCUGAUUUGACCUUCUGCUAUGUUUUGUUAUGUACAUUAUUGACAAGUAACAAAAUGAUUUCUCAUGCAAUUUGGUAUAAUAAGCACUUUAGAAUUUUUAGAAAGACUAAAAAUUGCACUUGCCUUAUGGGCUCUGAAAGUAAUUUUGUUGUUCUUGAAAAUUUAAAAUUGCACUCAAAAUCAUGUUAUUUACCUAUAGAAACAGGCCACGAGAAUACUCAAGCUAACAAUCAGAUCUUGGGAGUUAACUGAAGAGUUAGGCAAGAAUCACAAGUUCUUAUUUGUAAUUAAUUUGUUGAGGGACUUUAUGGCAAUUUUCUGCAGUGAUUUACUGAUUUUAUGCUGUGCCAUUUUUAGAUGUGCUGCAUUAUGGGAAUACGUCCUGGAACUUCCCAAAGCACAGUAUACAACAUCAAUGGCUAUGCAAAUUUUAUCCACUGUUGAUAAGAUUUGCUCCAGUGCCCAGAGAAAUAUGUCACACACAGUCACUAAUCUUGUGAAAAAGUUUCAGGGGAGUGCUUUCUUCAAAUCAUUCUUUCCAGAUUUUGUCCACAAGACUGAAGAUAUGAGGUAAGUAAACAUAACUGAAAAUUGUACUUCUUUUUAUUCUUUUAUCCCUUUCACUCCAGGAGUGACCAAGCAUGAACUUCUCCUCAUAAUUUCCAUACACCAUCAAGAAGAAAGGUGAUGAGAAGUAAAAAAAUGAUCAAUGAUGAAUGACCAACAGUGCAGAGAAUCACUAUUUAGAUCCUGGGAGUGAAAGCGUGAUUAUUAAUUGUUACCUAUUUAUUACCUUCUGGUGUCUUUUUGUCUGGCUUUUUUUUUUUACAUUUUAAAUUUUUCUAUAGUUGUUGCCAUAGACAUUUUGUUGUAUGCUAACAUAUUGAUCAUGUCAGGUUAUACUAACCCCCUCCCCAUGGGUUUUCAGCCUUUUCUGAUGAAGAGCUGGAGUGGGGUUGCUCCCUUUUUUCUUAAUCUUUGUUAAAAAAUGUGAUUGAGUUUAACUUAAUUACUGACUGUGAAUUAAAUGUGUUACAUUUCCUUCAUGAUCAAUUGUCAAUUUUCAGCCUGGUUCAGCGGAUUCUGGAACAUGUCAUCACUGCCUUUCCAGCUGCUGGCCCACAUGUUUUACCAAUGGCUAAAGUGCUUGUAUAUAAGUUAGUAGACAACUCCAGUGACUUGGAGACAGCCAAAGAGAAUGGACAAGCAGCUAUAGAUUUCUUAACAAAGCUGUCAUCCAUUAUUGCCCUAGAGGUGCCUCAAGGCCGUGAAGAAGUUCAGGCUUUGCAAUGGAAAGAUGUUCCCUUGAUACCAGUUGUGAAAGAGAUCCAUGAACCCAGUAAGAGUUAAUUGAGUUUAUUUUUAUAAUUAUAGUUGGAGCCAUCUGUUGAUGAGGAACCCCUCUUAUUCAGUGUAUUAUUACCAACUGUUUAACGUAAGCUAAUGAAGUAGAAGAUCACUUGUAGAAUCAGAAUUUUGAUUAAGUGUACCAACAGGAGAAUAUUCUCAAAGUAUGAGUACUUAGAAAAUAGCUUAAGGGUAGAAUUUUUCAUAGUGACUGAAGAGAAGCUUAGGGUUUAAAUCUUUUAUUGACUUUCAACCCUAUAAUUGUCCAUUGCACAGCUGUGUGCAUAGCUCUGAACAAAGAGCUAGGACAGGGACAAGGGGAGACCUAGUUGUGACAGAGACAUAAGGCUACAUGCAGUUGGCAUGGCAAUAGAGUUUGUGAACAACUGUAAAGUGGAGUAUUAAGGAAAUUGCAGAAUUAACCCUUUCACUCCCAUGAUCUCAUUAGUAAUUCUCCUUACUGUCUGCCAUAUAAAAUUUAUGUGAUGUUAGUUUGGAGAAUUUGGUAUUGGAUCACUUGAUAAUCCCUUAAUUUAUAUUUUAAUUUCUUUCUUCUCAUCACAAAUGCAUACUUGAUAUUGUCAGAUAAGGAAAAAUUCUAUCCUGGUUACUCAUGGGAGUUAAAUGGUUAAGAAUAUUUAUGAAAGCUGGCAGUGGCUUUGCUGAUGGUGUUGUGUUACAAAUACUCAUGCAGUCUUUAUAAUUAGGAUUGAAGACAGACGACUUGCCAGUGAUAAGACAGCGAGGACCAUACAAAUCAGAGGAGGAAUACUUAAAUACAUACUUCAGACUUCUCAGAGAGGAAUGCUUCUAUAAGCUACGCAAAGGAAUUCAUGACUUUGUUAAAAAUGGAUACAAAUGCAGCUCAAAAGAUAUGACAAUGUACAGGUAUAAACAAAUUGCUGUUUUACUCUCACAUGGGAUGAUAUUUAGGCUGGUUCGGCACUUUCUGAUAUCAUCAGGAGUGUGUGAAUAGGUUGUGAAUACUGAUACCCUAAAUUCUGCUGAACAACAUCUGAUUUAUCUUAUCCGUCUACAAGAAACAAAUAUUACAAUUAUAAUACUGUUAUAAAUGCUCUCCAAGGAUAAUUUAUGGAUAAUAUUAUUAUAGUAGUCUUAGAGUACAUUGAAUGUACUGGUAAGUGCACAAAACUUGUGUGCUUGUCUAGUAUUGCUUUCAAUGUGUGUUAUUAAUUUGAUAUUCUCAGAGUUUUCCUGAGAGGAGCUUCCCUUCAUCAUGAAAAUUCUCCAACUAUGAUGUUACUUUCACUGCAGUACAAGAAUUCAGAGUCAUCUAAAAAAAAUGAUGAACAGCUUGAGUAAGUACAUGUAUCAAAGAGUUACUUUGUUGUUCUUUUGAUAUGUAACUCCUAAGUAAAAUGUCAGGCAGGAUAUGGGCAGGAUCCCGCCAAUCCCGUGCAGGAUCCCAGGUGGGAAUGGUGGGAUCCUGCCUUAGGUGGUGGGAUCCCACAUUUCCUACCUGGGAUUAAAAUUUGAUCCCACCCAGGAUCCUGCAUUAAAUGCAAGAUUCCAGCAUCCCACAUGGGAUCUUAGGUGGGAUUUCUGCAUUCCACCCCGGAGUUCAGGUGGGACUUCUGCAUUCCACGCGGGAUCCUAGUUAGGAUUUACAUAUCCCAACUGGGAUCCUUUAUCCCACCUAGAAAAAUACUUUCACUCAUGAUCUUGGGAAGGAUCCAUGCAAAGAAGUGGUGCAUCUUAUGGACAUGUAUGACAUAACCAUAGAACUUGUAACUCCAUUCUCAGGGAUUGGAUUUGCCACCCAAAUUUAUCCAUUUCAAACAUUCCACAUGUCAUUCAGGCAGUAAUCAAUCAGAUGAAGCUUUUACAGAUAGGAACAACAAAUUCUAAGAUGCUAUUCCCAGUAAAUGUACUACAGAACGUCACUGUAAUGAGUGACUGCAAAAGAACACAUUUGUUGUAAGCCUCAUAAAGUGUAUUUAAAUAAUAUUAUCUGUUUUAAUUCCACAAAUCUACAUAGGAGUAAUAGUAUGAUACAAAAUAUGCAUAUUACCAAACAGAGCAUUACAAAAAGGACCAAAAACAAUAUCCAAAUGGCUACAGUACCCUUUUAUUGAAGAAUUGAGAAUAUAUUUAACUUCUAGUCAGUUGUGCUCCACCAAAUUUGGAAAUGUACUUAAUGUCAGCAUAUUAUCUCCAGAAAUACCUACCACAAUGCACAAUCUUUUAAUAUGACAUAGUGGUGUACAAAAAGAAGUAUUUGACCUUUCAGCUACUGCUAUAUGGUGAACUAAAACACCUGAAUCUGAAUAGUUAUUUAGUAACUUUGAAGAUGUUAUCCCUGACACCAAAGACCCAUUUGGGAAUAACUUAGUUAUAACUGCAACACGAUCGCCUUUCAUAAGUAAAAAUUUCUGUAUUUCCCCAAACUGAGUUAAUCCUCUUGCAUCCUCAUACUUUUGGACCAACAAACACAGCUUUUAGUGGUUUAUUUACUAAGUCCAUCCUGUUACAAAUAUCCUUUGAUUUCAGGAUUGCAAUUCACAGACCCAAAGCUUAACCUAUCUGUUUAAUAUACUAAAUCACUGACCACACUUAACUUUCUCCUGGAAAUAAGCAGUUUGGCUGACAUCAAGUUUUGGAGAUUCAUGUGACAUGUUAAGACAUACUGCUAAUGCUUGGGAAGCCAUGGAAAAGGGACAAUUAAAAAGAAAAGGACAGAACUUUAGUAAUUUUAUAUGAAAAUGUUAAUUAUUCUCAAAUUAACUUAAACCUACGAAAAGUAUUAGUUGCCAUUGGGACCAAAACAGUUGUGGCAUGGCCCUUGCAAAUGGAUUUUGGAAUUCCUAGGAAUAAGAGGUGUAAAUUUUCACAGUAAAUUCGGACCAAGGAAUUCCCAAUUGUAACAACUUUGAGAAAUUCCAAGUAAUAGCCAACAGGACUAAGAAUUCCUAGGAAUUCUAACUCAGAGCAUCAAUGACUUUAGCCAAAAGGCUGUAAAUCUAAAAACUAGCCAGAAAUUUCAAGGAAUUUCUAGGAAUGUUUAAGAAUAACUGGGAAUCUUAAGCAAAAAUUUGAGGCAACUAACAUGAAAUGAAUACUAAAAAUUCAAAAAUCCUAACUAAAAAUUCAAGUAUUCAGUGAAAUUUAUUUACAUGCUUAACUCAGGUUUACAUGUAAAAUAUUUUUGAUUGUAUAUUAACAUCAACAUUUAGUAAUAUUAGGAUGGAAUUUGAUUUAUUUUUCUUUUCUUGAAAACUUCAUAAGAAUUUUCUUCAAUUACAGCUAUUCAUAUAGAAAUAGUCCUAAUCAAUCAUUAAAUUUGGUUUGACACACAUUGUGUAUAAAAUCUGUUCAUUCUUUUCCAUAAAAUACAAUAACUUGAAUUAUAUUUAUUGCAAUAAAAUACUAUCAGUCAAAAAAUAGUCUUUAAAUGAAUCAUUUAAUUUUGGAUGAUGAUACAAAUGGUAUUUAACCCUUUUGCUCCCAGAGUCAAGCAUUGAGUUGAUUUUAUGUGGUUGUAACUUCUUUGGAUAAAGCUCUUGUGUGUGAACAUUCAAAUGUAAGCUGUCAAGCAGUACUUUCAUGUUUUACUCUUUGUUUUUGUUGAUUCUGCUCAUUGGAAUUCAAAUAUUUCUUCUCAAUUUUGACCUAGCACUCUUGGAAGUGAAGGGGUUAAUUACAGUUAAAUGAAAUUGAUUUCUGAAUUAAAAUCUUGUUGUAAAUGUAACAAUAAAUUAGAAUGAAGUUAUCCCAAGCUGCAGACUCAGCUGCUGUUUGUCUUUUUUCCUGAGCUCAUAGCUUUCUCUGUUGGCCUUGAUUGAGGUUGUGUACGAGAAGCCUGUCCAUUUUGUAUCUGGAUUCCAUGAGAUCUGAAUUUGAAGAAAAAUAUAUAUGCAUAUAUAAUGAGCUCAGACAAGGCCUUAUAUAGCCAUAAGAAAAAGGGUAUUCAUUGGAAUCCUAAUUUAACAAAGUGCGCUGGGAUUGGGAAAUCUCUCUGUUAUAUUGAAUGACUUUUAUAUUGGAGUUAGUACAUCUCUUCCAUAGAUUUACUAAAAAAGGGCUGAAUACAUUUCGUCCGCCUUAUCUCAUCUUCACUGGCUUUUCCUAUGACUUAUCGCGUUCAUUUCAAGUUGUUACUCGUAGUUUACAAAUCUCUUAACAAUCAAAGCCCACAAUACAUUCAAGAAUAUCUGCAGCCACACUCCAUUUCUGGUCAUGACCUACGUUCCUGUGAUCAGGGCCUUCUUAAGAUCCCAAGAACUAAUUUUAAGACCUUUGGUGAUCGCGCCUUCGCCCGUUCCGAGCCAGUUCUGUGGAACAAACUGCUGCUUGAAAUUCGAAACAGUCAGAGUGUAGCCAUUUUUAAGUCCAAGCUUAAACACAUUUGUUCAAGCUAGCUUACAAUUUGAUUUAACAUUUUUAUUAGUUUUAACAUUUUAAUAUUUUUCAUGUUUUAUCGUUUAAUCGUUUAAAUAUUUUUAUAAAAUAUUUUGUAAAGCGCUUAGAAUAUUUUUAUAAUUUUAGCACUUUAGAAAUGUAAAUUAUUAUUAUUAUUAUUAUUACUUUUAUCAAGGAGGACUUCUUUGUUUGUUUAAUCACAGUUUGUAUUAUUAAUCUAGAAUCUUCCCAAACGUGACUAAAGUAAUCUUGAAACCUUACUGAUAGAUUUAUUUCAUUGUAAAGUGUAAGCUUAACAAACUGCGGCAUGCAAGUGACCGUUUCGAUCCUCAGAAUUAUUCGAGUUUCGGUUGCCCCGACAAUGUAAGCUUAAUCCACGCUGUUAUAUUUAUUCUUUGGUAAGAUUUUGAUCACGUAAUGAAUAUCGCAAUUUUUACUCACCACAAACUUUCAAAAUCGUAGCUCUAUAAAUGGCCACUCGACCCUUGUUUGUACCAGUCAAUAUGUCAACUGUCGUCCCUUCUUUUAACUCCACGGCGCCAAUGACUUUCUUUUCAUUUACAACACUCACGCUGUUCUCGUUUUCCUACUGAACCACAAUAAAAGCCAUCUUUAGAAAUGUUAUCUUAAGCUAAACAGUUGAGAAAAGAAAUAACUUAACGCACGAGCGCUCAACCGUUGAAAAGUACAUUCAGAGAUGAGCGCCAAAUGGAGUCUUCUUUGUUUCCCAACAGGUCAGCAUUAGAUUCCAUCCACCAAAACCACCUCGGUCGAGAGGGACUGAGAUGGAAUAUUUAAUGCCUUGCAAAACAUAACCGAAGAUUCUCGGAAAUCCGCAAGUGAUGUAGCCGAACAUCCGAAGCUGUAAAUCCCAUGAUUCUUGAGGAACAAACAGAAACAGCAUAGCGAGAAUUUUAAAUCGCGAACCAUUGAUGGUAGACAUGCAGAUAAUUUAGGAUACGUAAAUUCUGUUGAUGAGGCGCAUGAACUUAUUGCGGAAUUUGAAACAGGAUUGACGACGAAGUUUUCUUUCUUUAAAGUUGUCAAAGGUUUCGGGAACACCGGUGUAUAUAUAUAUAGCUCUUUGACAUUACAAAGCUUUGCUAUCGCUAUUGUGCAUUCUAACUAGUUUAUCUAGUUCAAGUUCUACCACAAUUGUGGAAUCAUUCGGAUUAAUUUAAUGCUUACACCUCCUUCCUCGGACAGAAGUCACAAAAUACUGGGGGAAGAUGCAUGAGAUAUUUAAGGAGCAAAAAUUCGUUUUUUACUGGUGUGCCUUUCCUAAUUUUGGGAAGGAAAGUGCAAUUGCCAGCACGGCAUAGAUAGAACAGCUGGAGAGAAAAAGAAACGAAAAGAUGCAGAAGAAGUACUGUAUAUAAUAAUUUCCUUAUAUCCUCAACCUUUGUGUUUCUGUCAAUUAUGGCUUGCUAAUUCAAAAGGUCAAAUACAUGAAUGGGUCAUAUGACAUUGAUCUCAGAAUACUUUUAUGACAAACGUGAUAACAGUUCAAUCUUGACUAAAUUGAAGAUAGUUUAGAAGUUAACAAUUAUAAGAACUUUUCACUAACAUGCUGCUGACAAAGAAGAAAAUAUAUGCAAUUCUGCAUUUUUUGCUUUCUAUCAAGCAAUCAUAUGUUGGCUCCUUAUCACACUAUGACACUUCCGUUUUGUCACAUUCCAAAAAAUAACUUGAGAAAUACACUGUCACUCAUCUUACACUGUUAUAUUUACCUAUUACAGAAGGCAGGAAACAAAGAUUUUGUUUUCAAGAAAAUAAGAUUUCUUGUCCAAGACACAAGGAAGUUUGACUGCAAAGCACAGAUAAAAAUGCGAGAAAUUUUUUUUUCAGAGAACAAGGUAGUUCUACUCAUGUAUAAACAGAACAAAUCCAAUUUAAUAAAUCAGAUAUGCGGCAUGACUCCUUUUCUUCCAUCCCCACUCAAAACAAGCAAACACACCUAUAGAGGUUCCAGUCUGGUCUGCAAAUGAAAAGGAGGAAGGUGAUCACUGCAAAAUUAAGCAUCAGGGUUCUUAUUUAUAACAUAUUGAUUAUUGUAUACUGAUAUCUAGAAAUUAAGGUUGCAAGUAGCUGCCAGCUGAGUUAUAGUUUGAGUUUUAUCAAGUCCAUUACUUUGUUAAAUUUAGAGUAACCUUGUCUUGAGAGAGGAAAAUUGAGGAGCUAAUAUACUAAUCAUCAAUUAGGGACCACAAAGAAAAAUUUAUUUAUAGAGACUUUUGAAGGAGAGGGGUAAGACUUGUGACAAGCUGGCAGACAUAUAGAUAAACUUUACUGCCAAAUGGGUUACAAUACAAAGUGCUCAGUAUUUGGAUCAGCUAUGGCUCAACUUAAACUUUACUUUAGCUUCAAGUUUAAUCCUUUGUGGUUUCCUUUCUCUGUGUUUAUUUUUCAAGUUAUGUACACAGAAGAACACAAAAAUGACAAGGAAUGCUUUUGAAUAUCAAGAUGCUGGAAUAAGCAAGAAACCAAAACUGAAUUUUAAACAGUACAAAGUUAAUUUGAUCUUCCAAUGUUAUUUAAUUUUAACCAUAGAAUUUGCUAUUUAAAUUUAUCCCCUCCAUUUUUCUGGGUAUUGUGAGCAAAAACAAACAAUUAUCACAAAAUGCAUGGUAUACAAUGGUUUGAUUCACCAAUGUGGCAAAGGCCUUUCACUGUCUAUCCAUAAAAAGGGAAAUAGUUUGUAAAAUGUAAGACAUUCUGCAUGUUGAGUGUAUACUUAUUCAUCCAUGUGAAAUUAAAGGUUACUUGAAAUAAAUGUGAAAGAUUUAUAGGAUUUUCAGACCCCUGAUAACAAUUACUAAUGUGCUGAUUUGUUGUACUUAAAGGUUAUGAUUUUAGUGGAAAUAGUGGAAGAAAUUUCUGGACCUGGAAUUUUGUUGCAAAUGUUUGUUUAAAUCAGUUUAAGUCAGUUAAAAACUCUCCUGUUUCAAGGUUACAUGAUUACCACACCAGAACCUUUUGUAUUCUAUAUUAUGCACCAUGUUAUGAUUAUGGUUUCAAUAAUAAAAGGUGCUGACUCAAGAACUUUCCAAAAUAUCUCUACAUACAAAGAAAUAGAUUGUGGUUAUGUACUCCAAAUAGCAGGUCACAUCAGUCUUCUGUAAGGAAGUAGCAGAAAUUUCUGUGGUGGUUUUGGUGGAUGGAGAGAAACAUCCACCAAAACCACUUUAUUUUAUGUGUUAAGAGUUAUGAUAAUCAUUAUGAAUGUUUGGUCGGUCAGCAAUUGUGCACCAUAAAAAAUAAUUAGCUAGAGCACUAACUGCUAAUUAGUGGUAUAAAUCUUUUGUCUCCCUGAACAUCUAACGAUGGCUAUAGAUAAAAUUUAAAAAAUAUAUUGUUGAUGGUUUUGGUCAAAGUUUUGGUGGAUGUCCCUAAUGACAUCCACCAAAACUACGUAACAUCUAAGCACCUUUUAAAUACGUGAAAUAUCUGCAUAAAAUUGCGUAAAAUGUUUUAUAAUACUACAAUCGAACAAUAAAUUAAUACUUACCAUUUCUUUAGUAAAAAGUUUUGACGCAAUUUCCCAAACAAAUAAUACACUUGGGUCAUCGGGAUAAGUCGGCAUGUUGUCGUAGCUUCGUAAUUUUUUUCCAUCGUUCCAUCUCAGUCCCUCUCGACCAAGGUGGUUUUGGUGGAUGGAAUCUAAUGCUGACCUUCCCAACACGGGUAUGAUCACGUGGUUAUUGGCUAGCAACAGAGAAUCUGCUGGCUUGCCCGAUUGCAGUCUCAGGAGAAGCGCACAAGUUUAUUCUGACUUCUCUAACCGGUUCUCUCCGUUUGGACAAUGGAUGACUGGGAUCCACGUUCUGACGAUGAUAUAAAUAAUGAUGUGAGCUCACUCUAUGUAGAAAUAAUCGACAAGAAUCAAACGUAUUACUAAUGCACGAUUUUUGGCCGAAAGUUAUCGAGGAAACAAAGACUCGAAACCCACUUGAGUUGUGUUCAUGGCGAAGGUGAGAAAUAACACAAGCCGAUCACAAUUUUGAAUGCGAUCACAAAUCGUGAUUUACCCUCCUUUUUAUAAAAGAAGGAUAACACAUUAGGAAGUAUAAGAGAUACCAAGAUGAUCCCAGUGUACCAGUACCAAAAUCAACAAAGCUUGACAUUAACAAGCGUUCAGUAACACGUUCCAACACAGCCAUCUCGAUUCCUUAGUCUGUAGUUUCCACUGAACUUAAAGCAGCGGUGCUAACAUAGUCAAGUGCGUCUCCUAAAGGAGAAACAUUUGUGAAAGAGACUGAAGCAACUAUAUGCGAUUACAGAGGUGCGUUGGAAUUCUGGUCCACAAAUGGUACUGUCUGAAGCGUUCCCGAGUUUGGAAAGGGGUGUAGAGAACUAGGAUACAAGGUUGUCAUUUUAUACUAGAAGUAAAAUUUUAUAACAGACCUACAAAGUAUAAAACAGUUUGAUAGCUGACUCAGAGAAGAACAAGUAAACUUUCGAGCUGUUAUUACUUAAGUGUGACUUGCAAUUUUCAUUUGUUUACAAAGAAGGACUUGUAUUUUGCACCAAAAAUAAAAAGAGGUAAUAUUUUCCAGGAGGUCCAGUGACUGGGACAUUUAAGAAAUUAAUUUAUGAAAGGAAACUCGGUUUGUACUUCUCACUACCAGCAAGUCUUGUUUUAAAAAAUAUUUUCACAUCAGAGUUUCAAAUAAAGAAAAUUGAAGAAGUCAUUUAAAAUAUGUUUUUUUUUCUCGAAGGGAACAGUGACCACCUCUGUCUUGUCCACAUGCCAAAUGUUUUUGGAGUGUGUGGAUGAUCCAUAAGUAUUGGAACUCUUACAAAAAUGUCUUGUAAGAGUUAAAACAGCAAAACAAAUAACAGCCAUCAGUCAUAAAAACUGAAAGAAAAAAAAAAAACCAGCAACAACAAUCAAGAAAAAAUAAAGAUAAUUUGGUGUUGGAUUUGUUUGUCUAAGGCAUGAAAUUUCUACUGAAAUUAAUCUGAACAAAAAGUCUCUGACACUGUGUUUGAGGCAACUGAGAUUGACCGUUCUAAGGUUUUCUAACAAAGGCAACCAAUAAUGUAGAUUAGGGAAAUAACUUAUAUUCAUAUCUAACAAAUUAAAGUUCUUUAAGUGUAGCUAACAAUGUAAUUGUUGUUACACAUGUGGAAGUUGUGUACCAAGCAACAGCUAACAAAUGUUUGAUGAUUUUGGCACGCCUGCUAACAUGAGAUAUUUGCAUCACAAUGAAAACUUUUAUGAUCAUGGAAUCCAAGAGUCCUUUGAGGUUAGAAAGCAAAUCUGUGAUUUGAGUACAUUGGAUUAAUUGACAAUUUGCAUCAAGUAUAAUUGACAGCUGGUUCAUGAAAAAAUCCAUAUUAAUGUAAAGAUUUACUAAAAUUUAGUUUGAAUAGUAAAUUUCAUGAUCUUUAAGUUAUAAACAUAUACAUGUAUGUGUAUCUCUUGGUAAAUUUUGUAUAGAAUACCUUUUAUUGAGCUAAAGUUUUAAGCCUCUAAAAUUACUCUUUGUCUUAAAACCUUCACAUUCAAGGUAUUGAGAAUUCCCUUCUUAAAUUAUAGGUAGUUUGUAUUGCUAAGAAUUCCUAGAAAUUCCAAUUCCUCACAAAACUGGAAUCUUCCUUUCCCAGAAAUUCCCUGUAAUUCAAAGGUUUUCAAAUCAGAGCUUAUUUGCAUAGUUGGGAAUUCAGUUCACAAGGGGGAAUACUGUAUUAAGCUCAUAAUAUGGUUUAUUUUUGGAUCACUUGUUCUUGAGGGGAUUCCUCUUUCAGCUUGACAUCAUUGUAACUUGGUACAUUAUUUUAUUGUAUCUUUGCCAGCCAAGAUUUCCUCCUGUAUGGAGAUCUGCUGUGUAUUUCCCUGGAUGGCUCUUUUCAAAAACCAAUCUGGGGUCUAGUGGAAGGUCAUAUUUCUAACCAGAGGUAAAUUAAUUCAAUCAACUUUAAGUCUAAAUUCUUAAUGAUGAAUCAAAAAUACUUUUAUGUAGUGUUAAAAAUUCUUCCAAUUUCACCUAAUUUUGUAGAGAUUGGAAGAAUUUUAACAUUAAAAAUUAGUUGUCUAUGAAUCAAGAACUAAUUGGGAAAAAACCUCCUGGGCAGUAUAUACAAUCAUUUAUGAGGCCUCAGAUGUAUCAAAUAUUAAGAGGAAAUCCGUGCAAAAAUCAAACAAAAAUGAAAUUUUUAUGGCAAGGGUCAAAAAUUCAAGUCUCAAUUUUUUCACACAAGUAGACCCUAGUAAGACAAGAAAGGCUGUGUAUUUUUAUUCAUCAAAUAUGUUUUUAUUUUCUAGAAAAAAGAACUUUUCACUUUCACCCUCUAGAAUCAAUGGAUCGGGUCAUAACAGGUCGAAAAUUGAACACUUAUGCUCACUUCGCAUUUCAAAGAUAUUUCAUCUAGGAAAAUUUUAUCAACAUGUACUCUUUCAUAGACUCUUUGUCUUCUGUAAAAUGUUAGUUGUGUAGGAGUUGGUUGCUUAGAAGCUUUUGGCCAUGCAAAAAAACAAUGUGCUCUCUUCCGUUACAAAAAAAUGUCGGUGAAGAAAACCUCUUUUUUCACCAUGUGCCAUUAUUCAGAAUUCCACAAAAUUACGUAUGUAAAUUGCCGAAUUUGAAUUCAGGCCACGAUAUAUAGUCGGUAUCUCAAGUGCAGAAGGCAAUAUAAUCAUUUGGAGGUGUCCCUGGAGUUAAAGCAGUGUUGUGCAGGCCUCCUUUUUUUUUUCCAUCAAAAAGCCAGUGAAAUGGGAUGUUGUGAGCUUUGUCAACAACGUUCAGUAUGGCGAGGAAGGUGUGAGACUAUGGAGAUCCGGCUACGAAAUUGGAAGAGGCAAUUUCAUUGCUCGGAGCAAGUUUCAUGUUGAAAAUCAUUCCUUCAGCAAUUCACAUAAGUAAUUUUGUGGAAUUCUGAAUAAUGGCACAUGGUGAAAAAAGAGGUUUUCUUCACCGACAUUUUUUUGUAACGGAAGAGAGCACAUUACUUUUUCGCAUGGCCAAAAGCUUCUAAGCAACCAAUUCCUACAUAACUUACAUUUUAUAAAAGACGAAGAGUCUAUGAAAGAGCUAACGUCGGUUAGAUUUCCCUUGAUGUAAUAUCUCUGAAAUGCGAAGUGAGCGAAAGUGUUCAAUUUUCGGUAUGACCCGAUCCAUCGAUUCUAGAGGGUGAAAGUGAAAAGUUCGUUUUUCUCGAAAAUAAAAACAUAUUUGAUGAAAAAAAAAUACACAGCCCUUCUUGUCUUACUAGGGUCUACUUGUGUGCAAAAAUUGAGACAAUUUGAAUUUGACCCUUGCCAUAAAAAUUUCAUUUUUGUUUGAUUUUUGCAUGGAUGUCCUCUUAAAAGUUCUGCAUUUCUAGACUGUUGUACUCGAUGUAAUCAGUGUUGUCAGUAAUUCUUACAAGUUUCAUCUGGGUUACUGUCAUACAGUGAUGAUUCUGAUUGUAAUUUACGUAGCCCAACUUUUAAGCGCCAAAUUUAACUUAGAUUUAAGGAGAACCUCUCUAAGAUAUAGAAGCCCUUUGGUCUGGAAUUAUAUACCAAUCAGUCUAAAACAGGUUCCCUCCAUAAGUUACUUCAAGUAUUCUCUAAGAAAUAAGUACCAAAUUUUAAUGGUCAACAAUUUAUUAAUUCAAGAGGAAGCCACUAUAAUCUUGAAUAAAAACCAAUAUUUCAUUUAUUAUGAUAAAUAUUGAUUCAUACAUUUUAAUUUACACUAAAAAUUUUAGUUACUAGAAUACUGUUGUAUGUAGUACAUGAAGGUGCACGUCAGGUUUGUUGCUUUCAAUUUUUAACCUACAACUUGUACUGUAAGUAAAGUUGAUUGAUAUUGUUGUUUAAAAUCUAGCAUUGUAAAGAUUACUCUUUGUGACAAAGCAAAUGACCUUUCAGAAGCAGAGUUUAUUACACAGAUGCAGGAGGUUACAAACAGAAGUAAGUUUGUAGGCUGUUCUAACCAAUUGUUUAUUUUAACUUUAUCAAGGGAAUAAAACAUUUGGUUAUACAAUAGCUUUCAUAUUUAUGUAUAAAUUGUUGUGUGAUGUCAUAUUUAUUUUGGUUCUUUUGAGAAAUCUUGACUCAAGGGAUUCUAAGUGCAAAUUGCUUUAAAGUUCUGAUGGGUCUAAGUGAGCACUAAACUAGCAAGAAAUCUGAUGCUAUCAUGUAUUUAAUUGGAAUGUAACCUGUGAACUUGAGGUUGGGAAUCUUUCUUGGAUAGAUUCAGACUCAUUGGGACAAUUGAGAGCACAUUUCAUGAGUUGAAGCAGGGGGUCACGAGUAGGGAUCAAAAGGUUAAUAUUUCAUUCGAGCCUUUUAUUGAUCUCCAGAUGAUGGAGCAUACAUGGCACAGAGCCACACAUUCUAUCAGGCAUUUGCUUCAGCCAUGGAAGUUCUGCAAUGCAAAGGUUAGACAAUGAUGUUGAUAUAAAUGAAAUAAGGAAAUCAUACAUUUGGAUUUUGGAAUAGCGAUGGGAAGAUCCUCUCUCUAAUUAAGUUUUAUACAGGAGGUUAAAUAAACGAUUCUCAUUACACUGAUUCUCUCCUAUGUAAUCAUCCAUCACAGGUUUGGUACAAAGUCUCGUUUAAAUAAUCAUGGGGCUCCAUUUUCUCAGAUAGCUUGAUAGCCUUGAUGAUAAGAGUGCAGUACAUGGUUUUGCAGGGCAUUCAUACAUGGUGAACAUCGAUCGAUGAUUCUACAAAUAUCGAAACAAAAAGUGAAUCCGGUUUCUCAUAAAAAAAUUUGCUUACGAGUCAGAGCAACACAACACCAUUGAAAUAAGCGAGUAGCACUUAUUAGUUUUUGUAUAAAUGGCGAUAUGAAUGAACCAGUUUCUGAGCACAACAUCUUCACCGAUGACAAAAGCUAUGAAAUAAGCAAUUCUGACUACACUCAGGCGAGAUAUUCAAUGUGAAAGUUUAUUUAGGAGGAGUCAGCCAGUCUUGUAGUCUACACAUCCUACUACAAUCUGCAAUGUACUGCAAGUAUUCACUGAAAAUGAAGGGUUAUACAAAAAUAGGCUGUGCUACGACAGAUACGAAAAACCACUAAAAAACCACUCUUUAGAAGUGGCCAAGAAAUAUGUGGAAACGUAUUCUUCAUCUAAUGCAGCAGCACUAUACCCCGAGGAAAGGGUAACUAAAGUAAACCUAGUUACACCACUAAUCACACAGAAAAUUCAAUGAAAGCAGUGAUAUUUUACAGAGAGUUGUAAAGCAAAAUUACAUUAAAUUAAAAAAAAAUAAAUAAAGAAAGUGGCCAAACCUAAGACUGACCGACGUAGAAUGACCUAAUUUCUCUGCGAAACGCUUAAAUAAUCCGAAACUACUGUGAUGCCAUGAACCUCUUCAACGUGCCAUCAGAAUGUUAAUUUAAUGACUAAUUCGUUCCCAUGUCACUCAAACGUCAGAAAUUACAUUUCGUGCGUGGGUUUGCAUUCAGAACGCGACAACUACAAACGGGCGCCUUAGCUUUUUCUACCGAAUUACAAUACACUGAGAAUAAAUUUAUUUCGAACAAAUUCCCAAGCCGUUGGGACGGAUGUCUCUUUAUGCGAAGUGAGAAAUAGCUAUUUUGAUAAAUGAAUUCCGUUGGAAAAUGAUAAAUCAUUUAUAUAUUCCGAUUACGAAGUCGCAUUGGUAAUAGCAUAUUAUAACAAGUCCUAUUGAACCGCUAUGAACAAAAUCUUUUACGAUGACAUGAGCAUUUUUUUAACCUGGCUUCAGAGUUUCCGUUCUGUUGAGCUGUAGUGCUUUGAAAUAUGGAAGAAACCAGCAAAGAACUGCCCAAUUUUUCAAUCGGAAUUGACCUUUUAGGUCCUGACACAACAAGCGAUAAAAAUAAAGCCGAAAAAAACUCGCAAGUUGCACGCUUUGCAAAUUUGUCGGAAGACCAGCAGCAACAAGUUUUGGCCGAAAGACAUUCACUGGGAAUCCAUCCAUGAGUUCAUUUGGCUUUGAUUUUCUCCAUUUCCCCCGUAAAUUUUGAGCUUUUCAUUCAUGGUUAUCGGUUAACUGGAUCAAAUGUUCUCGCUCAAACUAAAGUAUAAAAUGUGGCGUGUUUUUGACCAACCAAUAGGGACGUUUGUUUACUUUUUUGUGCGUUGUGAGAAUUUUGCACUCUAUCACAAUAAAAGGCUUCUUCGCGCAGAUCCUUCUUGUCGCUCUGCUAUAAGAAUUUGCUCAAUCUUUUAGCUGUACGUAUAUCGAGUUAUAGAUGCACUUGGGAAGUUUGGAGAGCACUCAAAAAGCUAGAGUUGCUCUCGGCUGCGCCUCGAGCUACUCUUACGCAUUUUUCGUGCUCUCCAAACUCCCCAAGUGCAUCCGUACUCGAUAUACGCACGCUAAGCAUGAACAAAUUCUUAAUUGGGAAGGUCGGUUCGAACGGCGAUUGCAAACAACAAGUUUGCUUGUCAUUGGUAGCCGUGUAGUAUUUUAACGCUAUUGAAUUGAAGCCUAUUCUUUAAAACAUUAAACCGCCAACAAUAGAAAAACAAAAGAACCACCUCAUACAUACUAAUGAGGCUGAUGUCUCAAAGUCGCGCGCGCACGUGCGAUUUUUUAACGCGCACGAUUUUUUUUAUUCGCAAUUGCAUGCGAUUUUUGGCGCGUUUAAUUCGCGUUCUGCGGUUAAAGUAUACGUGAGCGGUACGGUAGGUUGAAAUCCUGUUCAAGCAUGAAUUUUUUUUGCUUUUUAUUGUCCUAGCCAGUUGCGUGCAUUAAUUUUUUCUAUGUAAUUGAUUUUUCUCUGAAGGAAGAACUAUUUACGAUUCUCAGAGAAAUAACUAUUACAUUAUUAAAUGGUUCGCACAUUUUUUCUUUCUAAGAGAUAUCGCCUAGGGACACUUCACUAAAGCUUCCCUACUAGUCUUUCAAUCAUCAGCGUGAGAUCUUAAUUUGGAUUAAAAUGGUUAACGCAGCAAUGCUUUACAUUCAUUGUUUACUUUCAUUAAAGUUCCCAACAUACUCUUUACUACACAUUCAAGUGUCACAACUGGCCAUCUUACUGUUGAGGAACAAGAAUUUGAUAGUCAGUCAUAAACACAAGGACCGAUGAAAUACAUAUAUUUGUUUUCCCAUUUUUUCUUUAGAUCAUGUUCCAUUUAAAGAAUUCUUGGUUUACCCAAAACCACACUACUUUGAGCCAGCUGAAUACUUAACCGACAUAAAAAGUCCCCCAGACUGGGAGAUAAUCUUUGAUAAGGAGUCUCUGAAAAGUCAGGAAAAACAAUCUUCUUACUCACCUCUGAAAGAUCUCGAGGUAAUGCGGAUGAACAGCAACUUCAAAUCCAAACUUGAUCCAACACAGCUUGCAGCAGUGGAACUGGCACUAAAAAACAAGCUCGUGCUGAUUCAGGUAAUGCUUUAACUUUUAUCCGCCCAAUAUCCACAUUAAAUUAUUUGGUCAUAUGUAAAAUAUUUGCCAUUCCUUUCUUCCGCAGGGUCCGCCAGGAACUGGGAAGUCAUUUGUGGGUGUGGCCAUAGUGCGCCUUCUUUUGUCCAUGAAGGUGCCACAAAGCCAUGGACCUAUUCUGGUAAAAUAACCCACUGUCCAGCAGUCUAUAUAUCAUAAGUGUAUUGUUAAGUACAUGCAGUCUGCAUAACAAACUAUUUUUUUUUUGCAUAAAAAAAUUGCUAGGAAAUGGGAAUCUUGCCCAUGCAGAAUCACAGAUCAGAGGAUUCAAAUUUGAGUGGAAUUUUGCCAAAAGUUUCCUUAACUCCUCAACUCCCAGAAGUGAUUAAAAUGUAACUUCCCCCUAUAGUAUCUAUACACUAUCCAGCAAACAGGUAAAGAGAAUACUCAAACUUAUCAGGUAGAAGUUGUUAUCUUGAUCUAAAAGGUAAAUUCUCAUAACUAAUUUACAAGAAAAAGUCUAGCAACUAUAGGGAGGAAUUUACAAUCAGAUCUACGUAGAGAAGGAGUUAACAAGGUCAGCUCAAAUUUAUUUUACUGCAGUUACCUUCCCACUUCAAACGAUCGGCAAUAAUGAUAACAAUCCAUGAUUUCUUCCUGAGUGCUCAGAAACGGGGACAGCUUCUUGAAGCUUUUACAGCACCACUCAGCUUUUUCUACUACGGAUAAUUUAAGAAAGUGUCGAGUACAGUUGAGCAGAGCCUUGACACCAUUUACUCUCUUUUUGUGUGGCUUCACAUUGUUUCCUUUUUUCAAAGUUUCCAUCAUCAACGCUGCCUUAUUUUUGAUAUCCUGGUUCACAGGUUGUGACCUAUAAGAAUCACGCCUUGAACAAUUUCUUGGAAGCUCUCGCAAAAAAGUCAUCCCCGGAUGAGAAGAUUGUUCGUGUUGGAAACUUGCCUGAAAAUGCUGACGAGAAAUUGAAGAGACUCUUGCUAAGAGAGGUUUGUCUGGAAAUCAAUAACGUCAAAUGAUUCUGUGACAGUGUUCGUAAAAGAUAUUUGAAAGAUUUUCCACUAAGUAAGAAAGCAAACGAGGUGGUCAAUCGCAGUAAACUAAACACUUGCAGGGAGCAAUAAGAAUCUUCAUCGAAUAUAAGUCAGCUACAAGCGCCGGGAAAUGAAAUUGAUUCGAGCUGCGUCAAGUUAGUUUUGCGGCAUCUGAUUGGUUGUACACCUUUUAAUGGAGCAUCCACUUAUUCCCGCGUAUCUGGAGUAGGCUUUCGGAUGAAAUUACAAUAACACACUGACCAAAGUCCAUACACGGGGACGCGGCAAAGGUUCGCAAUAUUUAGGGGGGAAAAAGAACAAUAUCUGGGAUAACGGUACGCCGCGGAAAUGGUUUAUUUACAUUUCUGUUUAUUUGUUUGUUUGUUUGUUUAGGUUGGGCGAAAUUGGCCUCAGGAAUUGUAUGAGCGGAAAAGAAGCCUGACAGGAAAACUUUGGGCUCUGCAGCCUCGAGUUAGAUGUGCCUACCAGAAGUUGGCAUUUUCCAGUACUUUCAAUGCCAAUAUGUUCUUAGAAGUAUGUAACUACCUGACUUUAUCUGGGUGAUGUUAAUAUAUCUUUUAGUUUGAAAAUAUUGCAGCAUACAUUCGCUCAACAAAGUUACUGCAUCAUACUAUCCAGGUUCAGAAUUUAGAGUGCUUGACUUUAAAACCUGGCUUCAAAUCAAAAUGGCUAAUAGCAUUAUAGUGUUUAAAACAGCUGUUGUUAAAAACCCGGCCAGAGCCUACAGCUAUUUCUAUUUAUUUUUAUAAGGUAUUUAGAUACGUAUGGUGUAAUUCUUCAAAACGAUUCCUCCAUUUUCAAAUCUACGAACAGAUUCCAUUUCUAGUAAGUUUAGUAAUAGAUCACUGAUGACCUCAAAAUGUGGUAAGAGCAAAAAAAAAACCAAACAAACAACAAAAAAAGAGGUACACCAGGCGCAGUGUGUCACUUAUGUUCUCACCACAUUUUGAUGUCUUAUGUGAUCUAUUGCUAUCAGGGAGGACGGCAACUUGGGAUCUAUUUGUUUAAGUGUAGCUAAGAAGAAACAUGUUGUUAGCGGUGACGUCCGAUAUGCUUCUGUAUUCCAAUAGUUCAUAUAGUUCACCUCAUCGUCAAAUCUGAUGUACAUUUGAUUCCAUUGUUGUUACAAGGAAGCGUCGCUCGACCAGAUUAGUUCCCUUCUUCAGGAAAACGAACGCGAGCCAGUUGAUAAAGAAGAAAUGAAAACCCUUCUGAAGGAGGUGACCGGAGGAGUUGAUCGAGGUGGCCACAGGAGCAAUGCUCGACUUCUAGGUACGUAACCCUAAAUUUAAUUUUCAGCCAACAAAAGUAAAUUUGCCUCCAAACUCUCCGACAUAAAAACCAUGACUAGAUUGUUCAAGGCUUCGUCUUUACCACGACGGAUUGAUUAAAACAAAACGUUAUUCCUACGAUGACGCCCAACGUCCGUUCUUAACUAGACAGGUUGUCCGCUGGAACGGACUUCUUUGAAAACGCUCUUCGAAGUGGUUAACUUUGUAUAACCCACUCAAACCCUAGAGGCCAACUAAGGGCGUUGAUGCGUCCGUGAUGAUAAAUUUGUGUUAAAGUUCUUUUUUUUUUUAAUCCAGAACUAGUGGAAAAUGCACUGCAGCAUUGGUUGCCUGCCCAAGAAGAGUUCGAUAAGUUUGUCAGUGACAAACAGGAGAUCAAACCAAAGAGCAAGUAAGAGAAUAUUUUAGCCACAAGUUUCGCGGUUUACGGCCGUUCGCAGCAAGUUUUCUCCUAUAAGUUCCUUACUAUAUCUGAUUGAUGGAAUCAUUAACGUCUGUUGCGUUCACGAUAACUUGCAGCAAAAAAACCCUUAAGUCGGACAAACCAUCACGAGUAUGCCGUCUGAAAUCGUUUUUCAUCAGCAUUCCUCUCGUGGAAAGUAAAUUGGAUGUGCGUAUUCUCAGACUGUAGGCCGUUCUCUGUUGUAAAUACGCACGAGACGACCGCGAGACGCUUUACGGUGCAGCAGAUCAACACUUGUUGGCUUUGAGAAAUUGUUCCACUAAAAAAACAGAUGCAUUUUUCAUUUUUCCAACGACUCUAGUGUAGCAGUUACUCUUGGGAAGCAAAAAAGCAAAGAAGAUCCAGAGCAGGAGAAUCCAAGCGACUUCAGAGAUCCUUUAGUGGAGGAAAAGGAGCGUCUUCUCGCUUUAGAUAAAGACAUCUGCGAUGAAGAAGACGAAACAAUCGCCCGAAAUGUUGCCAAUGAAGACCAGGAAAAGAGAGAUUCAUAUUGUGGAACACAGGAGCGCAAGCUAGUUUGUGUCGAUGAAUCAAGUAAAUUGCUGUUAUGUUUUAAAACCCGGAUAUUGAGAGGAUGUUGUGAUACCUCUGUAAUUCUGUUUCCAACUUUAUUCAGUAUCUGUUUCGUAAUAAGCAACACGUUUGCUGUCACAGAGAGAGGCAUAUUCUUCUUACAGAAUAAUAAGGACAAAGAAUAAGGACAAAGAAACCAAAACAUAAUACCUCUUGACGUUCAAGAAAGUCCUUGUUGGUUGUAUCAACGGAACAUCGCGACCAAUUCAGAUGUGGAUGAUGCUAUUUAACUAGAUUAUUAUAUUGUUGUUACAUGCAUGAAAACACAUCAAAUUAAUGAGGAAAUAGAUAGUGCGAUCUAACCUUUGAAUACGAAGCUGAGAUCAAACUGCGGUAGUUAUUGCCUCGUAUUUAAGACAUGAAGCAUUUCGUAACUAUUCAAGUAAAACUACAAUUUACCUUUUUUUUUAAUUAGAGGUGAUACCUUAUAUAAAUCUCUUGGAUGACGUCAAAGUGUGGGAUCUUGAGAAAGAGGAAAGAGUCCAGCUUGUGUAUGUUUUGCAAAGCAAGUUCUACAAGAAAGCCUGUUCUGAGUUCCUUGAAGUGAGCAGGUUGUACACAGAGGUAAAAAGAUGAGUUAGGGACCCUGCUAUCGCAAGGGAGGAGAUGGAAGAUUUUUUAGGAUCGCAAAAUUUACAGGGGGAACAGAUUAGUAAGGAUUAUUAUAUUGUUGAUACGUACGUGAAAACACGUAUAGAACGUUGGGGACUACGGAACGUUGACUCCCAAUGAGGGGGGUGUGUGUCAUAAGAAUAUUAAAGAACCCUAAAGGGGAUCAGGUAAAUUUUAUUGUGACAACCAAAAUCCUCCAAACCCUCUUUCCCUUCCACCCCAAAAAAACAACAACAAAAAAAAAAACAGGCCAGGUGAUAAAUAAUGACUGCUCCUUAGAUGAGGCAGCCUGUUUCGACAAGAGCAGAAUUGUAGUAUUUUUUGUGAUUGUCAUUGAGCAAGUAUGGGCGAAACUGUCAUGCUUUAAAUACAGGGUACGAGGUAGCUAACCAAAAGAGUAUUCUUGUUACCUAACAGAGACAUCAUCAACUCAAAGAACUGAAAAAUCAACAUGACAUUGAAGUGAUGAAAAAAUGUCACGUUAUUGGAAUGACAGUGACUGGAGCGACUAUGAGGGCAAAUCUGUUGGGUGAGAACUUUUACUGCUACAUAAAUUGAUCAUGGCUCAGUGAAUUUGGGUUGGCUUGCUUUCCGGGGUCUUUUGAAAAAAAAAUUCGCGGAUCUGAUUGGCGAUUUAUGAUCGCCCGCGGGUGGUUGGUCUCUUUGUUGUUGUUGUCUGUUUGUUAUGUGUAAAUUCUGAGUGGUUCUUUAAUCGUUGAAACAAAAAUGAAAUAGCGAAAAUUGAAAAUUAGUUUAAGCUCACUAUCAUAUCGAAAUGUGAGAAGGUGAUUUUAAGUUAAUACUCUUAACUGAGUAUUACCGUAGGUAAUACUGCGAAAUUUUGAGCGAGUUGGUUUUUUUUUUAGCAACGUUUGUAGUGAAAGCACUUUGUGGAACAGAUAGAUUUGCAAAAAGUUGUCGGUUGUCUUGUCAUGUAUAAAUUCUGGUUGUUUCUUUAAUCGCGGUCAAAAGCAAAUAAAUAAAGUUGAUUGGAUCUUUCACAGAAAGCAACAUUUUGGCCAUAAACGUCCUCGAAAUAGACUCCUUUGUUACUUCAUUCCUCCUUUACUUACUCCCUUCCCACCUUCCUGUCUGCUUGCUUUUCUUUCAUUCAUUUAUUCAUUAAUUUUUACUUUUCUCGUUUACUAUUUCUUUCUUCUUUUCAAAUUGUUGACUUACUUUCUUUUCUUUUUCCCUGCCCUCUCGUAGCCGUCGUUAUGGCUCGUCAUGCUAAACUCUCUCCAAGCGCCUCUUGCUUGACGGGACCGUGCGUUUAAGUUGCACGGGUACUAACAGAAUAUUACAGGGGCGCGCUUUAUCUAACGUCUUAUCACUUACAAUUUUAUACACAGCUGACAUUAAACCGUCUGUCAUGAUAGUGGAGGAAGCUGCAGAAAUCCUCGAAGCACAGCUUGUAGCUGUCAUUCCGCCCUCUGUACAACACCUCAUUAUGAUCGGUGAUCAUAAACAAUUAAGGCCAGUGGUAAAUUUCCACCGACUCAAAAAACAUCAUAAUCUUGAUCUCUCCCUUUUCGAGAGGCUUAUCAACUGCAAGCUGCCAUACAUACAGCUAGGAUUUCAGUGCAGAAUGAGAGAUGAGAUUGUCGACCUGCUCCGAGAGCUCAAGAUUUAUGACAAUCUACAGACAAAAGACGAGGUAACGAUCUGAUUUGACCACUCCUGGUUAUUUAGAGAAUAACAAUAGCCUCUCAGAAGAUUCUACAAUAAAACAUUCUAUGAAAUUAUGCACUAUUGUCAUAAAUACUUUCGUUUACCCCCUCAACACCCUCAUACGAUCAAUGCAUAAGGUCUUCUUUCAUAACUGAUACUUAACCCUGCCAUCAGUUGAUGAGAAAAAAACAAAGUUAUCACACAAUGAAAUAUGAAGCAGGGGAGUUAAAGAGAGUAAGAGAGGGAGCUUCUUCCGUGAUGCACGUGUGAAGUCUCGUUCGCGCGUGUCAGUCACUCGCGGGAUCGAGCACUUGCUCUGCAGGCUAUUGUUCAACGCUUAAAAGUCGCGAAAUAUUUAAAUUUAAAAUCUUCUUACUUUUCUCUGCUUUUAGCGUGUAAAAAGCAACCUUCUACCACCCUGUGUCUCGUCUAGCAUGUAUUUCUGGAAUCAUGCAUCCCCCGAAGAUGAAUCGAAGAAUUUCCACAGCUUGAGAAAUGUAGUAGAGGCUGAAAAAAUUACUGAAGUUGCUAAAACAUUUUGUGAGAAGGGGGGAGUCCCACCAUCAAAGAUUACAGUUCUUUGUUCAUAUCGAGGACAGGUCAGUCAAUAAUUUUUAAUUUUGUGUAUUAAUCGUUUUUUUUUUUUUUUUUUUUUUUUUUUUUUUUAACUUUUCCUUUAAUUUUCCUCGUCCUUUAAUUCCUUCAAAGUUAAAUAGAGACAAUUCUCUUUAUGAUGAACUGUUCUGAAAAAGAGGACGUAUUUAAUUUUGACUUUACUGCUUCUGUAAGACGCACUGUCGCUUCUCUUAGAGAACCAAUUUUCCAUGGAAAACGCCGAUAUUCUACUUAAUAAUUACUUUAUUGGUGUGCUUUAUCGAUUAGCCCUAAAGCCAACACCAAAAAUUGUUGACUGAUUCGUUUCCAUUCACGGUUCAGGUCGCCGAAAUAAUGAAGCAUUUCAAACAGGCAGAUAAAUUCGCCCUACUUUCAGAUAUCAAGGUUACCACAAUCGAUGGUUUCCAGGUGAGCAAAGUAAACAUGUCUGCCGAAGACCUUGUGAUAUUUUAUGCCAAUUGGUGUAUGGAUUAUUCACUAAUUUAUUUGUCAUUUCAUAUUUUGACACAAUAUUAUCUGAAGCCGAUGUUCUUACAUCUCACAUGCUACGGUAAAUUAAGUUCAAGCAUGAUUGACCUUAAUUUUACCCGAUACUGCUUCAAUAUCUGUGUUCUUAAAACAGACUGACUGCCCGACUGACAAACUGACCACCCGACUGACUGCUUGACUUACACACUGAUUGACUGACUGUGUAAAUGACUGACUGACCAGCCGAAAGACUGAAUGACCUACACACUGACUCACUGACUGACUGUGUAAAUGACUGACUGACCAGUCGACAGACUGAAUGACCUACACACCGACUAACUGGGUAAAUGACUGAAUGAUCAGCCGAUAGAUUGAAUGACCAACACUCUGACUGACUGACCGACCGACGGAUUGCAUCGGGGUAACCUGCGAUUGACAGACAUCGUUUCCGGUAGAAAUAGCAAUCCUCAGCGUCGUGUCAUGUUAUGUAACUGGAAUGAUGUCCAGACUUGAUGAGCGACCCGACUCUUAAAACUGAACCCCAAGACAAAUAAUUUCACGUGAUUCGGAGUGAGUUGAAUAAACUGUUCAUGUUUUCUUUUACUGACCAGGGGCAAGAGAAUGAUAUAAUUCUCAUAUCUUUGGUUCGAAGUAAUAAGGGGAAGAUAGGCUACUUAUCAUCAAUGAAUCGCUUGUGUGUGGCAAUUUCACGAGCACGUUGUGGUCUCUACUUAUUUGGGAAUCAAGUGCACCUGGCAAAGUGUUCUAAGAACGGUUGGAAGGUAGGCGUUUCCCGCUUCCGUGUGGGAUCUGGGUUCAAUAAGCAUGGUAUAAUGGUCAUAACAUUUAUUUAAUUAACAAAACCUCCAGGUAAUCUGCUAAACGUUCUACUUUCAAACUUUUGGAGUUAAAGUGGAUAUUCAGUUUACUGGUGAAGAAUUGUUUCGUUUUGAUUCUCUAGUAAAUCUACCUGGAGACCGUUGAAACAAAAAAUGAAAAAAAACAAAAAAUGAAAAAAAACAAAAAAUGAAAAUUAGUUUAAGCUCACUGUCAUAUCAAAAUAUGAGAAGGUGUUUUUAAAGUAUUACUAUUAACUGAGUAUUACUGCAGGUAAUUCUGCGACAUUUUGAGCGAGUUGACUAUUAUUGCCAACGUUUGUAUUGGAAGCACUUUGUGGAACAGACAGAUUUUCAAAAAGUUAUUGGUUGUCUCUCUUAGUGGGGUUCUUUACCUUCUUUAGGUUAUUCGUGAUUUUAUGAGGAAGAAGAAACUUCUAGGUGAAGCAUUCCCGUUUUGCCUAAGUGGAGAUUUCGUAAGUAGGACAAUUUUUUAAUCUUACCACAAGCGUGUGGCUGUGGUUGCACCCUACUUCUCCAUUUUGAUGAUAUCAAUUUUUCAUUAAAACUCGCAUGAAAAGUAGUUUACUGUUAUUGGUCGUGUUGGUAAAGGAGAAAAUUAUCUCUUGAACCUAGACCGGGUAUACAAUAUACAAUAUACAAUACAAUACACUUUAUUAUUACGGCUCCCCUAUACGAGGCUAUUCUGUCGUAAUAUACAAUAAUAUAUACAAUAAUAAAUUGUAGAAUUAGGGGUAAUAUCCCCAUUAAAAUUCUAUACGUUAUGGAGAGGUAACCACCUUUUCUUACAAGAGUUAACCUUGAUUUUUAAAGCUGUUAAUGUGCGUACUCAUCAUCCUUGUUUUUCCUUGAUCUAUUCUUUGCUGUUUUCCCUGAGAAACUACUAUAUUUAGCUUAAUGUUCACUUUCAAUGUCAUGAUGGUCCUAAAAUCACUACUAUUUAUUUGUACUUGACUGAACCAGAGAGGGGAUGAGUAUCACGGAAGCCCACCAACGAAAGAUGAAAACAGAGGUAAGAGGGGAACCACUGCUUUUAUAUUCACGACACUUUUUUCACUGUAAUUAAGAAUUGGUCAGUGCCUAGCAGGCAGGCGUAUAUCGAGUUGUAGAUAGGAGUGUAACAGUUGCUCCAGGCGCAACCGAGCAAUUCUAGCUUCUUGAGUGCUCUGCGAACUUUCCAAGUGCGUCCAGCCCUCGAUAUACGCACAGCUAAAAGCAUGAGCCUAUUCUUUUAUACUAGCGGAUACAGUGGUCUCGUUUGAGCGAGAUUGGGUCAUCUUGUGUAUCUCAAAUUGUAAGUAAAAAUUCGCUUCUUAGAACAAGUUGUCCAUGGAAAACACCCUUCUUUAAAUUAGGGAAUGAAAGUGAAGGCCAGCAAACUCAAAAUACACAUAUUGUGGUUGAAACUUGAGGCAGAUUAAAAUGAAAGACGUGUAGAGGGGGUUUGAUUACAGAAAGAAGACUCAGGUGUGCCAGUGAUAAUUUCUUUGUUAGUUCUUCCAUUGCCUGUCGGAGAAUUGAUGCACAGGAACUCGCGCCUAACCUACACAAGAACUUUUCAGCAAAAUGCAACUGCACAUUUUAUGUCUUGUUCACUGCAGAGAGAUGUAGGCCAAAGUGGUUUAGUAGGAAUUAGAAAUGAUACGCGUGCUAUGUUAUAAAAAUUGCCUUGAUCUUGGCAGGGCAGACAUCCCAGCACCUCUGCAUUUUUUUUCAUUUUGUUGUCUGAUUUCUGUGUUUUCUCUCUUUUUUCUUUUUUUAAUUAAUUUAAUUGUCCAACGACCAAACUUUUAUUGAUAAAUUUUAUCAAAGGGAUUAGAUCUUAGGUGGAGUAAAAGUGAGAAAUAACCUCGAGUUCUGAAUGAUAUUUUCGCUUUUGGACGUCAUUUUGUUUUUUUUUAACUUUUUAUUCUGCAGGCAGCAACAUAACUAUCCACGCUCAACACGUAAUUGUUUCGGGAGGAGACGGCUCCGUAAAUACAAUUAAUGUUGGUCGAGGUUGGUGAUAAACCUUAAACUCCCAGAGCUGAUUCAUUUGUAACUUCUACAUAGAAUGUCAUUUUAUUGUUCCGCAAUCAGGUGUAAAGGUUAAAAAAACCUAUCUCUUUGGAAAAUUUGUAUCCAACUAAGUACAAUAUAAGAACAACUCGUCUUCAGUAGUUUAACCCUUUAACUCCCAUGAGUAACCAAGAGAGAAUUUCUCCUCACAAUAUCAAUACAAUGUAGUGGUGCGAAUAAAGAAAAAUAUCAAUUAAGAGAUUAUAAGUUGAUCCAAUACCAAAUUCUCCAAACUAACAUCACAAGAACUAUAUGGCAGACAGUAAGGAGAAUAACUAAUGAGAUCUUGGGAGUAAAAAGGUUAAGACUUACAUCAUUGAGGUUUUAAAUGCAGCAAAACAGACGCAAGGGCGAACGACUAUUAGUAUACUCAUUCGCUGCUUAUACGUGACGUCACUUUUUUUUUUUCUUUUUCUUUUUUUUUUUUUUUUUCCUAGAAAAUUGGCCUUCGGGGACAACAACCCCACGGCGUUUAGAAAUUCCACCCCCAUCUUCUGGAAAAACCCCAGUUCAUGAUCCAAAGUCGCCCUCACCUUCGCCGGGGUUUUCACCACCGCUUAUGGAAAGAAGUGACAUGGGUGCUGAUUCAAAUGGUGUGCCGCUACAAGGAAAUGGACAUGACGAGUCAGUAGUCGUAUAUUUCAGGUCAAAUGAGAUACCAGGGGUGGAGUCUGAUAAAGAUGCAAGAUUGCCUAUCCAAGAGACACCUGCUGCAGAGCAUGCUUCCCUAAGUGAGAUGGAAAACAUGAAAGACCGACCGAAACAAGAAUCAGGUAUUCCUAGAAAAAGCACAGGCAAUAUUAAUCCUCCUGUUGCUGGUAAUGAAUCCUUGCCGUCUGAUAAGGAUGCUAGGAGACCUACGCGAGAAACGCCAGAGGCGCAAAAAUCUCCCGAAUCUGUCGAGUUUAAAAACAUGAAGGAAAGGCCGGUACAAGAAUCAAAGAACGCCACCUCUGAUUCGUCAGGUAAAGAGGCGAGAAGACCUACACAAGAGUCACCGGAAGUAGAGAAAUUAUCUCCUGGUUCAAUCAAAGAGGAGAUCAUGAAAGAAAAGCCAAUCCAAGAUUUGGCAGACGAGAAACGUUCGGAAGAAACAGCUGUGAAGGAAAGUGAAGAAACUCCAAAGAAGGAGGACGAGUCAAGGGGUCACCCUGUCAGGCAUGUUUACCAAGAAGGUGACUUUAAAGAACUCGUGAAGGAAACCCUCGCUGAAGAAACGAUAAACCAAUCUGGUGUGGAAACAGAAGACCAGAGCCCUGAACAUAUUGUUCAGAAAACCCAGGGGUUAUCUAAACUGAAAGAAGAAGGCGAAGACUUAAGACCUCUUGAAGAUGACGAGUGCUCUGACGAAAAACCGCUCAAAACAAGCACCAGACGUGAGACAGAAAGCAAAGGUAGCCCAGAGGAAGCUUUACCGACUCAAGAGACCAUGACCGCGGGGAAAGGGCCUUUUGAAGAGACUGGGCCGGAGGUUGGCGUCAAGGGGCAUCCCACAGACUAA